AUAUCCUCCCUCUUUCUCUGUUUACUCAUUUGACGACUUCAGGCUCCGACGGCAUGUUGAAUUUACUUUUACUAAGCCUAAGCGUGUGCCUCUUGUAUGUCUUCAUAACUGCAUUUUGGAAUUUGUACAUACAUCCCUUGCAUCAUAUUCCCGGGCCGAGACAAUGGAUUGCCUUCCCCAUCCUACGACACCUCUCGGCCAUUCGAGGCACGCUGGAUAGUGAUCUGCGUCGAUGGCAUUUCAGAUACGGCAGCGCCGUGCGCUUUGGACCUGAUGAGGCCUCAUUCAUCACAGCUGAGGCUUGGAAGGAUAUAUAUGGAUCCACCCGCCCACAAUUGCCAAGGGUUAUAUCUUCCGGCAGCAAUACAUCCGACAUCAUCAAUGCCAACGACGCAAACCAUGCGAGAUAUCGUAAAGCUUUGGCCCAUGCAUUUUCCACCAAUGGAGUGCGAGACCAAGAGCCUCUUGUCAUCGAUUAUAUUGUUAAGCUCGUUGGGCGCCUCAAAGAAGUCGCUGAAUCAAAAUUGCCAACGGACAUGGUCAAGUGGUAUAAAUUGACAACAUUCGACAUGAUUGGUGAUCUUGCGUUUGGAGAACACUUUGGUGGUCUUGAGAAGUCCGAGUACCAUCACUGGGUAGCCACAGUCGGUAGAUUUACCAGAAUUAUUCCUUUUUUGAAGAUUAUGGAUGCAUAUCCAGUCUUGUUCAAAGUUUUCCUUGCUGUGAUGCCACAAUCAUUCUGGAAAGCACAAGCCGAGCAAGCUGAAUACACCAAAUUGACAGUCCAAAAGCGCCUCAACUCCUCAAUCGCCCAGGAUCGGCCUGAUUUCAUGGACUCGAUGCUACGACAUCGCAACGAGAAGGAUAAACUGUCUGAGCAUGAAUUGGAGUCUAAUGCCAGUGUCCUUGUCCUUGCUGGUAGUGAGACCCCAGCAGACCUAUUAUCUGGCGUAACAUACUGGUUGUUGAAGACCCCCGAGGCGUUAGAAAAGGCGACCGGGGAGGUCCGAUCACUCAUGAAAGCCGAAUCUGAGAUCACCUUCAGUAGUGUCGAGGCACGCCUUCCCUACUUGCUGGCUUGUGUAAAUGAGGGAUUGCGGCUGUAUCCAUCUCUGCCUGGGGAAUUACAACGCAUGAGUCCCGAUACGCCAAUGAAAAUCUCAGGCUAUGACAUUCCGCCCAGAUACGCCGCGUACUCUUCGCCUACGAACUUCCAUGAUCCAGACCGCUUUAUCCCCGAACGCUGGCUACCUGAAGCUAAGACAAACCCGAGUUCGCCAUAUUUAUUCGAUAAUCGAGAAGUUUUCCAGCCAUUUUCUGUGGGACCACGUGGCUGUAUUGGUAAAAGUUUGGCAUACCCUUUGAUGCGCACCAUAAUUGCACGAGUGUUAUGGAACUUUGACUUCGAUCUCUGCGAGGAGAGUCGAAGCUGGCACAUUCAAAAAACCUUUGGCUUGUGGGAAAAGCCACCCUUGAUAUGCAAAUUGACCCAAAGAAGACAAUCGUGA